AUGGCUUGGAAAAAUGAUAUUCGCAUUGUUGUCUCAAUUGAUUUUGGGACAACGUAUACGGGAUUCGCAUACGCGCAUAGACAAAAUCCGGAGCUGAUUACUAAUGAUACAUGGCCUGAUGUUUCAGGACCGAUUAAAACAAAUACAGUAAUCCUAUAUGAUGCCAAUUUUAAAAAAGUAAAAGCAUGGGGGUUACCUGCAUUGGCACCGCGCUCUGGAAAACGUCAAACAUAUUUCGAUUAUAGGCCUGUGGAACGUUUCAAACUGUUUUUAGGAAACCUUCCAGAUUCAGAAAAGCCUAAAUUACCAGAAAAUUUAGACUAUAAAAAAGUUAUUGCUGAUUAUCUUAAGGAGAUUGAAGAAGGAACUUCUUUUCUGGUCGUCGAUUGUGGUGGUGGUACAGUAGAUCUUACAACAAGAAAGUUAUUACCAGGCAACCAAUUAGGCGAAAUUACUGAACGUACCGGUGAUUUUUGUGGCAGUACAUUUAUUGAUAAUGCAUUUAUCAAAUUUAUGAAAUUUAGAGUCGGUGAAUCUGCAAUGGAUUUAUUAGAGAAUCAACGAUAUAGUAAUUUACAAUACAUGAUUCAUGAAUUUUUUCGACGUGUCAAAUUCUCAUUUACUGGUGAUGAGGAAGAUUUCAAAGUAAUCGAAUUUGAUAUAGAUGAUGUAUGUCCAGCGUUGAAGCAAUACAUAACUGGUAAAGAAAAAGAAAUUUUAGAAGAAGAUGAUUGGAUAAUUGAAUUAACGUUUGAAGAUGUUAAGGCGAUGUUUGAUCCUGUCAUCAAAAAGAUUAUUAACUUAAUCUCAAGGCAACUUAUAGUUGGAGGUGCAUGUACUGCAAUGUUCCUGGUUGGUGGAUUUAGUGAAUCAAAAUAUCUUCAAUCACGCAUCAAAAGUACAUUCAAUUACAUUAAAAACAUCUCAGUACCUAAACAACCUCAAGCUGCUAUAGUACGUGGUGCUUUACAAUAUGGACUCAGAAUGGAUGUAAUAAAAACUCGGGUUCUAAAAUAUACUUAUGGUAUAGAAAUAGAAGGUUUAUUCAAUGAAGCAAUAGAUCCUGAAUAUCUAAAGGUCGAUGGUCAUUAUAUCUAUAAAUUUUAUCGAUUAGCAGAAAGAGGUCGACAAGUUGGUGUUGAUGAAUCAUUUAGUAAUAUAUUUCGGCCAUUAGAAAAUACCACAAAAUUACGAUUUUCCUUAUAUAUUUCGAACAAUUUAAACGAAACUUAUUGUGAAGGGUUGGAAAAGUUGGGUGAACUUACAAUCGAUAUGCCAGAUACACAUUUAGGAAAAGAAAGACCAGUAGAAUUUAGAUUAAUGUUUGGACGGAUGGAGAUUACCGCCACCGCUAGAAACCAAGUAACUGGUCAAGAACAUAAUGCUAGUUUUAAAUUAGAGUUUUGA